AAUGUAUCACAUAUACUAACAAUAAGAAAUGUUUUGUGAAACUUUUCUUUCACUUAUGUUCCUAUGUGUUGACUGAUGUAAGCACAUUUCUUCCUAUGGCCAUUGAUCAUAGCUUGAAAGCCUUUAGAGUAGAGAAAUAUGGGAAGGAGGUGGAGAAGGAGGAAAUGGAUAUAAAAGGUAUCGGAGGGGCACCUGGUUGACUCAAUGGGUUAAGCCUCUGACUUUUAAUUUCAGCUCAGGGCAUAAUCUCAGAGUGGUGAGAUCAAGCCCCACUUCAGGCAUUAUGCUGGGUGUAUAGCCUGCUUAAGAUUCUCUCUGUCUGCCCUCCCCCCAGCCCACCCAACACUUGGUCUCUCUCUCUCUCUCUCUCAUUCUCUGUCAAAAAAAAAAAAAGAGAGAGAGAGAAUUUAAAAAGAAAUAUUGGAGGAAAACAAAUGUGAAUCUUAAAUGCUGCCAUCCAUAUGAACCUUUUUCCCUGAGAGGGGUUCACUCACCUACUCAUUUUAUUGUUUUUGCCUACUUCAUAUUUUUCAUUGUAUAUUAAUAAAUUAACAUCCUGGUUUAUUAAGAAUGGCAAGGCUUUGGGGGAUCUUACUGAAUGUUGUAAAUGUGAAAUUUCUCGUGUAUUUAGGUAGUACUGAGCUUAAAAUUAUAGGAUGAGACCUCCAUGAUUCUCAGGAAUCAUGAAAAUUCAUUGAAACAGUUUGAUUUGAUUUUUGGCUAAGUUUUAAAAUGUCUUUCCAUAAGAAAGCAGGAAAAGGUGCUUAGUUACACAAGUAGAUGGGAGGUCUUUCUCCCUACCUCGAUGAUUUUGCCACUCUAGUAGACUUAGUUUUUUCUGUCGGUGACAUGUUGUAAGAGUUGUUCAUACAAGCAUGAGUUACAUGUUAUGCCCUUGAUUGUCAAAUGUGAAUUAUUCUCUGGAGUGAAAAACAUUUUAAAACUGUAGAAAUUUGGUUGUUCUGUCAACUAAUACACUAAUUGGGAUGUCCUGCUGGUAAGGUUUGCCCAGAAAAUGUAAACCAAUUUUUCAUUUUGGCCUAAGCAAAGAAAAGAGAAACAAAAUGAGAAGACAGUUUGCCAUAAUCAUUCCUUUUUUUUUUUUUUUAAGAUUUUAUUUACUUAUUCAUGAGAGACAGAGAGGCAAAGAGAGAGGCAGAGAGUGAGGCAGAGACAGGAGAAGCAGGCUCCAUGCAAGGAGCCAGAUAUGGGACUCAAUCCUGGGACUCCUGAGAUCACGCCCUGAGCUGAAGGCAGAAGCUCAACCACUGAGCCACCCAGGCAUCCCUCAUUCCAUAUUUAAAUGUUAUUUGGUAUUCCCUUGGUGCAACAUUACACCACUUCUCUCGUAUACAUCUGGAUUUUUGAAAUCUGUCAUUUCUCCCAAGUUCUGCCGCUCGUUGUGAGGCCUUGGUCAAUCAGUGUAACUUUACUGAGCCUCAUCUGUAAAAGAGAAUCGUGUGUACAGUUGUGAGGCUCAGCUGAAGAAAUGUAUGCAAAAAUAUCUCACACAUGAUAAAUGGUCAGUGAAAGGUAGCUGCUGCUCUGCCAUUCCCAUGGUCCAGAAGGUUUGGGGGCAUCAAGAAAAUCAGCCUCCAUGGAGAGAUUUGAAGGUGUAAAAACCUUGGAUUAUAUACAUCUGGAUAGCUUUUUGGUUUUAGCAAAUGAUGUCAUCCUUUUCCUGGCUCUUUUUUUUUACUUAAGGCCUUUUAAGAUUUGUAUUGGCAUCAAAGAGCAGACCACUUCACAAUCCCAAUUUGUGUAAACCCUGCAAUAUAAACCAUGAGCUUGUCAGCACGGAUUUUCUGACAAAGACUUCGAAUACAUUGUUUUAAGAAAUAACUCUUCUGUUAGAGCAACCUGCGUACUAUUUAUUAGACAAUUUUUUCAUCUCAUUUAGAGACUACUGUUUGCAUUAUUAUAAGUGGACAUAUUUUCAUCUAGUAAAUCUCGUUUCUAGGUCUUGAUUCCUUACAAACUUCUAUUUCUCUUUUUCUGUUUUGGAACAUUAGAUGUCAACGGUGCUUUGAUUCAAAACAGGGAACAGGAACCUUGAAAAAAUUUAACACAUUACUAUGCUGGAUUCUGAGGAAACAUAAUAAAAUAUUGUCUUUUCUUUAGGAGGAUCAUCAGCUGGGCUGAGGUAUAAAAUUAGUGGGGAGAGAUCUGUAAGUGGAUAAAUUAGAAAACAAGAUGAAUAAAAGGCUGUGGAGCUUUGCAGAUGGAACAGUUGAUUGCCUGGGAAAGGUAGGGGAAGAUAUGUCUUAGAAGACGUGAUAUUUUAACUGAGUAGGACUUUGUCAGGCAAAAAAGUGGAAGAUAAGCAUCCUAGACACCUAAUUUUUAUUAUAGCAUAAAGACUUUUUUUAAAGCUGCCCUGCUCAAAAUGAUUACUAGCCCAUGUGUAUCCCAUUAUUUCAGAGUACUGUUGAACUUCAUAUCUUAAUGUGAUGAUUCUGAUAGAAUGUGCAUAGAAGCCUAGCUAAAACAUGAUUAUCACUUUUUUCACCUUGUAUAUAAUUCUUUUUACUAGGUUUUUAAAGUAUAUAUGCUAAUUUUAUGUCUAAUUUAGAAACUGACAUAAAUAUAUAUUUAAUGUAAUGCUGAUAGUCAUAGUAACUGUUUAAAUUAAGGACUCAUCAAGUUUGAUUCUCACAUUAUGAAGAAAUCUCAAUACAGAAGGAAGCAAGUUACAGGUUAUAGAUACAGAAGUAAAAUUAAAUCAUGAGUAGUUAUUAGAUAUUUCUUAUUAAAAGUAUGCAAAUUUUGUUUUAUCUUUUAAAAAGAUUUUUUUACAAUAGCAAUUGUAUUAGUUUUCUUUUGCUGCUAUAGCAAAUAACCACAAAUUUAGUGGCGUAAAAUAACACAAAUUUAUUAUCUUACAGUUCUGUAGGUCAGAAGUCUGACAGGGUUUUACUGGGCUAAAACCAAGGCAUUAGUAGCCCUUUGUUAAGACAUGGACAUCUUUUGGGGGGGAGGGAUCAUUAUUUUGCCUAUAACAGAAAAAUAUGAUUAGCUAAAAAACAACAUAUAAGCACUAUAAUACCAUUUAGCUACAGACGAAGUUAACAUUUUGACAUAUGCAUUUCUGUGCAUGUGUGUGUAAAAUUUUAUGAAGAAUGGUGUAACACCUCUUUAUCUCUAGCCACUCUUCUGCUAAUCUCAUUUGGUCUUAUAGAUUUAAUUAACGCCUAGAUAUUAAUGAUUCUCAAAUUUACACUUAAGCUCUGACCUCUUUCUUACACUAGUAAUGCAAUUUCCCACUUAGGAUCCCACUUGGCAGUUUGGUAGGCAUCAGUCUUCCCCAGCUCAUGACAGGGCAACUCCAUCUUUGCUGUGGCUCAGGGUAAAACCUGUGCUGAAUCCUUGACUGCUUUCUUUCUCUCCCAUCCCACAUCUCAUUUAUUAGCAGAUCCUUUAGAAUUCAUCCAGAAUCUGAUUUAACACCAGCCCCACCUGAUCCAUGUCCUCAUCAGUUCUCAUGUGCAGUAUUGCAGUCAUCUCUUAGCUGGUCUUCCCAUUUCUGUUCUUGCAUCCCCAUCAGAUCUUUUUAGAACAGAAGUCAGAUCAGGUUCUCCUUUGUCCUCUUGCUUCCCUUCUUGUUCAAAGUCAAAGUUCUUCCAGUCAUAUCUGUGGCUAUAUAUCUAACCCCCUCUUUGGCUUUCUCUCUUAUGCUUUCCCCCUUGCUUAUUCACGUCUAGCCACACUGGCCUCCUUAUUUAUAUGUCUGUUGUCUCUCUUCCCUUACUAUGUUAGCUUCAGGAGGGCAAGAACUUUGUUCUGUUUUGAUCUUUGUUGUAUCCCCAGUGCUAGACUAUUGCACGACACAUGGUAAAUGCUCAAAUAUUCAUUGAAUGAAUGCUUUAUAAUCUUGUUUCUCUCUCUUUCUCUCUCUCUCUCAGCAUAUUACUUUGCUGUUUUUUGAUCAUAACUAUGUUGGGUAACAAGAUAGUCAUGGGAGUCACAAAUCACAUUGAGCCAAAAAACAUCCAGUGUUUUCUGCGGUUACAAACAAAAUGAAUAUUCCCAUGCUACUGCAGCAUUCUCACCAGCGUUUCCUAAAAGGCCUUUUAAGAACACCUUUCCGUCGUUACCACUUCAUCUUUCACUCAAGUACUCAUCUCGGAUCAGGACUCCCUUGUGCUGGGCCAUUUAAUUCUCUCAGACUCCAUUGUACAGAAUGGAUACUGCUGUCAAAUGGUUUAAAGAGAAAAUUAUGUGUACAAACAACCUUAAAGGAACACACGGAAGAACUUUCUGAUAAAGAACAAAGAUUUGUGGAUAAACUUUAUACCGGUUUAAUCCAAGGGCACAGGGCCUGCUUAGCAGAGGCCAUAACUCUUAUAGAAUCAACCCACAAAAGGAAAAAAGAGUUAGCUCAGGUGCUUCUUCAGAAAGUAUUAGUCUACCACAGAGAGCGAGAACAAAUAAAUAAAGGAAAACCACUAGCAUUUCGAGUGGGAUUGUCUGGGCCCCCUGGUGCUGGAAAAUCAACCUUUAUAGAGUAUUUUGGAAAAAUGCUUACUGAGAGAGGCCACAAAUUAUCUGUACUAGCUGUGGACCCUUCUUCUUGUACUAGUGGUGGAUCACUCCUAGGUGAUAAAACCCGAAUGACUGAGUUAUCAAGAGAUAUGAAUGCAUACAUCAGGCCAUCUCCUACUAGAGGUACUUUAGGAGGUGUGACAAGGACCACAAAUGAAGCUAUUCUGUUGUGUGAAGGAGGGGGAUAUGACAUUGUUCUUAUUGAAACCGUAGGUGUGGGCCAGUCGGAGUUUGCUGUUGCUGAUAUGGUUGACAUGUUUGUUUUACUGCUGCCACCAGCGGGAGGAGACGAAUUGCAGGGUAUCAAAAGAGGUAUAAUUGAGAUGGCAGACCUGGUGGCUGUAACUAAAUCUGAUGGAGACUUGAUUGUGCCAGCUCGAAGGAUCCAAGCAGAGUACGUGAGUGCACUGAAGUUACUCCGCAAACGUUCAGAAGUCUGGAGACCAAAGGUAAUUCGUAUCUCUGCCAGAAGUGGAGAGGGGAUCACUGAAAUGUGGGAUAAAAUGAAAGAGUUCUGGGACCUCAUGCUUGCCAGUGGAGAGCUGAUGGCCAAACGACAGAGGCAGCAGAAAGUGUGGAUGUGGAAUCUCAUUCAGGAAAGUGUGUUAGAACAUUUCAGGACCCAUCCCACCGUCCGGGAACAGAUUCCUCUUCUGGAACAAAAGGUGCUCAGUGGGGCCCUGUCCCCAGGACUAGCAGCAGACGUGUUGUUGAAAACUUUUAAAAGCAGAGACUAAUGGAGUUUAUCCUAUACAAUGACUUUAUCUAUCAUUUCAUAAAGUAUUUUAAUAUUAACAGUCACUUGAAUGCUUAUGUUUUUGGUAAUUCUUUUGUGGUGCCCUUGGCCUCGUUUGUGAACCAUGCUUAAAAAGUUGAAGAACAUUGGAUAUGGCUGGCAAAGUUCAGGCCGUCGGCAGUAUUUAUAAGGGGCCUCUUGUAUGUUACUGAUUUCCACUUCUUUCUCUUCUUAUACCCAUGGUAGCUGGUAGGAUAGUUCCUUCUCAUCAGUCACUAGCAGAGAAAGCUGAAGAGAAUGGGGAAAGCUCAUGUACCUUCAAAUGUUUUCUUUGAUUCGUAUUCUCUUGAGUAUCCAGAGGAAACGUAAGCAAGACUGACCACAUUUCUGAAUUCUUACUUCAGGCCAGAAUCAUACACAAUGGGUUUCUAAGAGGUGAAAGUCAUGACUGAUACUUAGUGUACCAGACUAUUCUAGGAAUUUCUGAAAUGGGCAUGUACAUGAGUAACAAAACAAAUGGGAUGUGUAGUGAUGUGAACACAAGUUUAAAGUCUACUUGUCUAGACUUGUGCACCACCCCCGCCCCCAUAAUAGGUAGCAGAGCCUGAAGGGAAUUAGGGGAAAUCAGCUUCAAAUAAUGAGGCCCAUUAAUCCCUAACAGUUGGAGUAAACCCUCAAAAGACCUAAGUGAGGUCCCAGUGAUUCAAGAGUUAAUUCAGUUUGAAAUUAUCAAAGUCUUUUGCUUCUCUUCCUUCUUGGUCAUUGGACUUCAUAGUAGCAUCUUAAAAAUCUAUCUUACUCCUGAUAAGGAGGAACAAGUUUUGUGUUCCAGAGGAAGCAUGGCACAGUAAUAAGGGGUUGGGUUCUGGUGUUGGACUGUGUGGGUUUAAACUUUAAACCUAAAUCAGUUGUUUAUUAGCUGUUUAAGUUUAGACAAAUAACCUACCUCUAAGUUUUAGUUUCUUCCCUGCUAAAAGGGAAUUGACAUGUUAACUUUAUAGGUUUGAUGAAGAUAAAUGAGAUAACUCAGGAGAAUCAUUUUGCUACUGUGAUGGUACAUGGGGAAUAUCCAGAGACUGCUUGCUAUUAUUAUUAUUUUAGUUAUAAAUACUUGAAGCUGUACCAAUCUUAUAUAUAAGUUGAAUUUUCUCUCGUGGUCUUACAAUUACCAUCAUGCUCUUGUGAUGUUUUAUAAUUCUCUUUAAAGUACCUGCUAUAGUUAAUCUUUAAAUAUAUUUUAUACUGUUUGAUGGUAGGUAUAAGUUUGUACAUCUGAAUAAAAUUACUUCUAACCAUAAAAUUUCUCCAUUGCACAAAAUUUCUUCCCAGAAAUUCCAAACCUAUACUAUUCUGAAUCCUUUAGAAUAUUUUACAUAGUAUGUCAGUUUUCACUGUUACCCUCUUAUCUGGAAUUAAAUUACUUGAGUAUUGGGGAUGCCUGGGUGGCUCACUGAUUGAGCAUCUGCCUUUGGCUCAGGCCAUGAUCCCAAGGUCCUUAGAUCAGGUCCUGCAUCAGCCUCCCUGCACUCUGCCUAUGUCUCUGCUUCUCUUGUCUCUCAUGAACAAAUAAAUAAAUAAAAUAUUUUUAAAGAAUUACUUGAGUAUUAUUUUAGCAAACAUUCCAUAAUUUUUUAAAAGGAUUUCUGUUAGUGGCAUACUGUUAGUGGCAUCUUAUAUGAGGGCCAGGAGAAACCAAAAGAUUAUCCAGUCAAUUCACCUAGUUUUAGAAAGGACAAUCAUUAAACUGGAUGAAAACCUGUUUUUAGAAUCUUCCAGAGAAAGAAUUUCAUAAUUUCUCUUAGUAAACUAUUACAAGGAAUGACAAGCCUAUCAUUUGUGGCACAGUGUAGGUGGCAGUGGAGCAUAUGCACCUUGCAUUAUGAAGAAGGUGGCAAAAGGGUGGCUUUUGUUAGCCAUCAACUUAGCUAUGCAUUUCUUUUCAAGUUUGAAUUACUUUUAAAUGUCACAAAUAUAGUCAUAAAAAGCAUUGGAACCCUCUCCCCUUUGUCCUGUUUAUGUGGUUAUUGGACCACUGGUUAUAAUAUAGAGACCAAUUUCUAAGAUAUCGUUUAUUUUUUUUAAAUUUUUUAAUUUUAUUUAUUCAUA